GUUUACACUGUAGUUGUGCUCUACACCACGGCUGUGGUUAAUUUUUUAUAACGCCUACGCCAUUUGCAACUGUUGUAGUCGUACCUGCGCUAGUGCCGUCGACAUUGUAGUUUGUUGUUCGGAAGUCGACCGGAUAAGCACCGCCGUUGAUCCGAUUCCACGUCGUUCAGUAGUCCAGUCCACGGUCUAGUAUAACUCCGCUCUCCGGUCGCCGACGGUUCGUAGCUCACCACAUACUUGGUACGAGCGUAUAGUUUUCAAUCAGAGGUCUCAAUCUUCUGAAACAAGUGCUCUGCUUCGACAACUCGUAAGACCAUUCGUUUAUAGGUAAUAUCGUUGUGGACAAAUCGGCCAUGUACAACACUAGAAGUUCAAGUGGUGGUAGUCACGGUAAUCAGUAUAUCAGAAAGAUUGAAACUUUCAGACAACAACAACAUCAACUGCAGCAGCAACAACAACAACAGCAACAGCAAACAAUGUCUAAUGCGGCAAAUUGUGUAACAUCAAAAACAACUACUCCAAUGAAAAAACCAACUCAACAACAAUCCAUGCCCUUGCAUGAUGCACCAUCACAACAAUCAACAUGUCCUAAACCAGUUGUUGAAACUCAAAUACCGACAGCCUCAGUUACUCAAACGUCUCCAGUAAUAGAUUUUGAGAAUAAACAAAUAAAACUUGAAGAUGAAAGUUCAAUUAGCGAGAAGUCAGAAGUAAAAUGGCCCGUCAAACGAAAAAUUAAUAAGAAAGAACGGAAAAAGCGCUUGAAUGCUCGAAUGCGUCGUUUAGUAUCUCCCAAAAGUCCAUUAAUGGUAUUUUCUGAGUUGUUCAAAGAUGUACCAAUUCAAUUACAAGAGCACUCAAUAAAUAAUAUUACGGGUUACACUGCUACACUUGAGAUUGAUGGUCAAAUGUAUUCUGCAAAUCACAUCUCCAAGACUCAGGCCAAACAAAAGGCAUGUGAAAAUUUCUUGCGCAUUAUGUUGGCUAAAAAAAUAAGUGAGCGAUCUGAAAAAAAAGAAGAAUCUCCCAUGGAAACAGAGGCAGAAGAUGGAGAAAAUGGUACUGUACCAAAACCUAAAGGACCCCCACAGGAGGAUUUCCCGUGGCCACAUUUUGCUUCAUUAGCUAUGCAUAACUUAAUACAUCAAUGGGAGCUACAGCCUGUUUCAAAAGCUAUUAAUUUUCAAGAACAUCAACCAAAUGUCAGAAGACCACAAGUAAAGUUAAAGGCUGGAGCUAUGAGAAGGUUUCCCAAAGAUCCAACAACUUGCAAUCCAGUACAGUUAAUAAAUCAAUUGAAGCCCGGUGUCGAUUUUAUUGAAACUAUUAUUAGUUCAAAAACACCAUCAGUUUUCCAAGUGAAAUGUGAAAUAGACUACACUCCAUUCACUGGACAAGGUUCGACUAAAAAGGCAGCUAAGAAGGAAUGUUGUAUUGCAGCAAUCAAACAUUUUUGGCAAUUUGAUUUCCAUGCUAUAGAAGCUAAUUUAGCCUCUAAGAAAUGAAUAUAUUUAUAAUAAUAUAUGUUUGUGUACUAGACAACUUUAUUAGUCAACUGUAUUUAUUUUGUUUUCAUAACGUUUAAAGAUACUUAGUGGUUAUUAUUGUAUGGUCGUACGGACAUAGUAUUAAUUGUAAUAUUUAUAUUUGUUUCCAUCAUAAAAAUAUCAAUUUAUAUAAUUUACCUUUUAAAUAAUUUAUCAUAAUCCCCAGAUAGUUAUUUAAAUCUAAAAUAGAUAGUUCAUUUAUGUAUUGUAUAUUUAUAUACACGUUUUGGAAAUUAAUACACCUAAAAAUACAAUUCAAAACUUAACUUAACUUUUUACAGAAUUACUUUUAACAUAAAUCAUUUUCUUUCUGUAAAAUUAUAAACCCAAAACUACCACUGCGCUUAGAGGAAAAAUUGACAGGAACACUCACUCGCUCACGCUAUUUAUAUCUUAGGUGGAAGAGGGUGAUGGGGAAUUAUCCAGUACUCUGGACAGUAUUUAAAGGUGAGAGGAAAUUUCCAAACACCAAUAAGUUUUAACAAUUAUUUGUUAAUCAAAUAAUUUGGUUCUCAAUGAUAAGUAACAAAAAUAUUAUUAUUUUUUUUUUAUUAUUAAUUACUAAUUAAAAAUUGGCUAUUUUGUAUUAUUAUGCAGUUUAUUAAUAUUUCAUCUUUGAGUAGAAUGUAUCAUUUUUAAUAGUGUGUUAAAUAAGUAUAAAUGUUUGUAUUUUGAAAAUUAUAUUUAGUAUGACGUAUAUUUCUUAAA